AUCGAUGACAUUCUACUUACACUUAGCUUGAGCGAACACCGCAAUACUCUAACACGCAAUCUGUCUGGCGGCCAAAAGAAACGUCUCUCCAUCGCUCUGGAACUUGUCAGCAAUCCACCGAUUAUGUUCUUCGAUGAGCCUACUUCUGGGCUGGACAGCUCCACUUGCUUCCAAUGCAUACACUUGCUCAAGAUGUUGGCCGCUGGCGGACGCACCAUCAUUUGUACCAUCCAUCAACCGUCGGCACGUCUCUUCGAAAUGUUCGAUCAACUGUAUACGCUAUCCGAUGGCCAGUGUGUCUAUCAGGGUAGCACCAAGCAGUUGGUGCCAUUCCUCUCGACGCUCGGCUUGGAAUGCCCCAGUUACCACAAUCCGGCGAGUUAUGUUAUCGAGGUGGCCUGUGGCGAACAUGGCGAUCACACGCGCAAACUGGUCGAUGCCAUUGACAAUGGCAAGAAGGAUAUUCGCACUGUUGCUGAUUACGAGGGACUAAAACUGCGAAAUGAUUUGGUAAAAGUACACAAUUUAAAGACAAUGUUGGAUAAGAACGCCACGACGAAUACGGCGAGUGGAGGUAAAUAUGAGGAGAAUCUAACGCUCAGCAAUGGAAUUUUAAAUGGCAAUCUGGUGAAUGAUAUCGUGAAGAAUUCGAAUGUAUCGGCGGCUGCAGCGUCUUCAAGUACUGUUGCAGUGCCAGUCGUGAGCACAAAUGAGAAGGGUGAUGCGAUAGUUGAUGUUGAAAAGGCGGAUAAUUGUACAACGGCACUAUUGUCAGAGGAGAUUACUUCGCCGGAACGUUAUCCCACAUCGCAAUUCCAUCAGUUCUGGGUUGUGUUACGGCGUACGUUGCUCUUCAGCUAUCGCGAUUGGACUCUUAUGUACUUGCGUUUAUUUGCUCAUUUGUUGGUUGGCUUUCUUAUCGGCGCACUCUACUAUGACAUUGGCAAUGAUGGCGCUAAAGUUUUGAGCAAUCUGGGUUUCCUGUUCUUCAAUAUGUUGUUCUUGAUGUACACUUCGAUGACCAUAACGAUUCUGUCAUUCCCUCUUGAGAUGCCGGUGUUGCUUAAAGAGAACUUUAAUCGUUGGUACUCGCUCAAAUCCUACUAUCUGGCCAUUUCGGUUGCUGAUCUUCCCUUUCAAGCAAUAUUUUGCGUCGUCUACGUGAGCAUCGUCUAUUAUUUCACCUCCCAACCAUGGGAACUCUUCCGAUAUGCAAUGUUCUUAGCCGCUUGCUUGAUGAUCGCAUUCGUUGCUCAAUCGGUGGGUCUGGUUGUUGGUGCAGCCAUGAAUGUGCAGAAUGGUGUGUUCUUGGCGCCCGUCAUGUCUGUGCCAUUCCUGCUCUUCUCCGGCUUCUUCGUUUCCUUCGAUGCGAUACCCAUUUAUCUGCGCUGGAUUACCUAUCUGUCGUAUAUCCGCUAUGGUUUCGAGGGCACCGCUUUGGCCACUUAUGGUUACAGCCGCGAGAAACUAAAGUGCUUCCAGACCUACUGUCACUUCAAGUCGCCACUUACCACGCUGGAGGAAUUGGAUAUGGUCGAUGCUAACUUCACACUCGAUAUUGUUGCACUAGUCGUUAUCUUUGUGGUUUUGCGAAUUUCCGCAUAUCUCUUCUUGCGCUGGAAGCUGAGAACGGCACGAUAAGUGUGGAAAAGCGGAUUGGAUUACGCUUUAAAUUAUUUUUUUUUGUUUUUCUACGAUGCCUUUAUGAUUUCUUGUGCUUAGAUCGUAUUUAAGUAUUGAGAGUUCUUUGGCUAGAUGUUUUUUCUAUACACACACACACACUAUUUUACUAGGUGAUAAUAACUAUAUGUAUAUGUAUGUAAACGAAAAGUGAUGUAUAAAUUUUGAUAAGCAUAAAUUUAGGUUAAAUUUACUAGCUGUGUGGAAUGUGGGUUAAAAGAUUAUAAAUAAUUGACAAAAAAAAUAUAUAUCUAAAUAAACAACAGCAGACACGCAUAUUGUGGAGGUGCAUAAAUUCAAACAAAAAAAUAAAAUAUUUAUGCUCACCCAAAGCCAAUUUUUACAAAAUAUUGGGCACGUUCAGAAGGCGCAACGGCUCAGAAACUGUUGCGAUUGCACCUACUGAACGCGUUGUUGUGUACUUCUGAUCAACUUGUUGCGUGUUAUAUGAUCGUUAUAUUUUUCUGAUCAUUUGAGACAACAUGUUGGUGUGUACCUUUGAGAAUUGAAUUUGACAGCUAAUGUAUCAAGCCGUUCAGAAGGCGCAUAACGAUCACUGAUUUUACUAGCAACGGUUGGGCUCAAAUGCUGCGCCUUCUGAACCUACCCAUUGAAAGCAAAAUUAUGAACAAAUGUUAGGCAUAAACAAUGUAUAACAUAUAUCAUUAAAAUAAGCAUUGAAUACUUUGUAUAUAUAUACAUGUUUAGAAAAUUUAUAAAUUAUAAAAUUUUUUUUUUAUCAAAUUGCGAAUCAGAGCUAAAAUCACAAACAAAAUGUAACUGCAAAUAUAAGUAAUGUAAACAAAAAAAAAACAAAAACAAAAAACAACAACUUAAAUGGCUGCUUUUGUAAGCUUAACGGAAUUGCAAUUAUAUAACUUUUUAUUGAUGUGCUGAAUAUGUAAGUUUUUGGAGACAUUUUUUAUGUAAUUUUUUUAAAUAUUUACUGUUAACGACAAAUACAUACAUACAUACAUGUAUACACCAACAACUUAAAAGAUAUACGACAUAUUAAUUCCAAAAAAAUAAAAAAAUUAAACCAAUAAUUGGUAGUUCUGCAUAAAGUUCUAUCUUGAUGAAGAACUGACAGAAAGUAAAUCAAAAUCUAUUGCCAGUUCAGUUUACGAAGUAUUCCACUGCGUACUUUUUUAUAAAUGGUGUUUUUUAUUGACAUAUUUAAUCAUAAAUGUUAAGUGUAUUUAUAGGAACUAAAAAGCUUUACAAGCAAUUUAAAAUACAUACAUACAUCUGUGGAAUUUUUGUGUAGUCCGAGUAUUGUUUAAUAAACGAAAAUAAAUCUAUUUUGUGGAAACAAACAUGAA